UUCACAGCCUCCUUCCACCCCGCACCCCGCCUAAGUGGUUGACCUAGGAGAACGGGUGCUCGGCUGCAAUUGGAGUUCAGCUUCACGACCAUCUUUCUCUGCGUAAAUAGUUCGGUAUCCUCCCUUCCAACCCACCGCAAACGUCCCGCUCCCCUGCGAACACCAAGUCAUGUUCCGCCACCCUUCUACUACGCCUCCAUCGACCCCCGAUUCGCGCCGCUCUAGUCGUCAUGUACCCUCGACAACUCCUGCCGGACCCCCACCUGACCACUCCUUGCCAUCAUCCACCCCGGCCGGGCCCCCUCCAAGAGAUCGCUUCGGCAACCCACUACAAUUCACUUUGGGCAGCCAAGGAGGGAGGGAUUUCAAUCCAUCUCCCUUCCAUAGCUCUCCUACUAAGCAUGAGUUUUCUGGAGUUGGGAGCGGCCAUUUCGCAGUGCCGGGUCGUCCCUCAACACAUCGGGGGCGCUCAGGGCUGCGGCCCAACAGCAGUCCGCCGCAGGCCGAAUAUGAGGACGAGGAGGAAGAGAAUGGCGAGGGUGAAAACAGCGACUAUAGCGAGGAGGAUGAGGGCACGGGUGAUGAGGGGAGAGCCGGAGAAGAUGGCGACGAAGACGAAGAUGAAUCCAUGGGUGAGGGUGAAGAGGAGGACGCUGAAGGAGACGAGGAGGAGGACACAUCCAUCUUUCAAGGUCGCUCUCGCCCCCCUAAUCGGUUUUCUCAAAGCGCGGCGAGCAUCACACAACAGCCAAUAUCCAGCUCUCCAGUGGUUCGCCCAGCCGCAAAGCAGUCUCAGUACGAUCUCCUCAACUUAGCCAAGAGUCUCGCGCCAAACCCUGGCAGUGAGACCCUCCGAGAGUCGGAUCAUGUCAUACUAGAAACAGAGCGUCUUAUGGGGAGGCUGCAUGAAUCAAUUGCCUCAGGCACGCCAGAAAGCAGAAGUACAGCUCUCUCUGAUGUUGCCCAGGAGCUUCUCGAGAUAUGGCGCGCUCCGACUCAGCCAUCAUUCAGCGGGAGUCUAGCGGCAUCAGGACGUUCUACGGGCUUCUCUCCCCUUGUCGCGGCAAACCGACUUAUCAGCCUCCUUUUCAGUAUUCACUGCCCUGGUCAAGCAUCACGGAAUCAACGCCCCUCCGCAUUUUCCCUCGUCCCGACCCGGCUUGAGUCGAGGCACUUUGUGCCGAUUCCAAAAGUCUUAAUCGAUUGGCUCAACAAUUACCAUAACACGCCAGCCGAAAUUGCGACUGUGUUAAAAGAGAGGCGUGGAUAUUCAGCAUCCGACAUGUUCUGGGAUGCAGUUCAUGCUUCGACUCUCCGAGGAAAUUUUUCAGCGACACUAAAAUUGCUAAAAGGUGCCAAGUUCGAUGUCGCGGACACAGCUCGUGAUGAUCAUCUGGGAGACGACGGUUAUCGCGGAGUCCACCUUACCAAGGCAAAUUCCGCUGCUGAGAGCGCCAUAAAGCUCCUGCAGGAAUGUCCUGCCGUUACCUCGGAUGAUUGGGACGUGAAGGGACAGGACUGGAGCGUCUUCAGACGGCGAGUGUAUCAAGCAUUAGCUGACCUGCAAGAAUAUGCAGAAGGCGACAGCCAGAACCGCCACAGUGUUUCACAGCCAUUCCAAGCCUCAAGUUUCGGCAUCUCUCAAUCCCAGAAUAGCUUCAACUUGAGCAUGGCAAGUCGCAGAGCCGAGAGCAACGUGCCUUGGUCUGUGUACAAGAACCUCGAAUUACUGUACAAACAGCUCCUUGGAGGAGAAGAAGAAAUCAUUGCUGUGUCAGCGGACUGGCUCGAGGCCACGGCCGCCUUGGCGAUAUGGUGGAACGGGGAAGAAGAUGAGGUCCCCCAGGGAAGCUUUGCAGCCAGCCGCCGUUCCAUCGCCCGAUCGCAACGAGUUCGUCCUGUCGAUGUCACCCCAGUUCAAGCGUACUGCCAGCGGCUAUCGUCUGCUUUAGCCACGGUUCUUGAGAGUGGCGAGGAGGGUUUCAGUAUUGCAACGACAAGUCCUACCGAGGUUGGCAUGGCAUGUAUUUUUGAUGACAAUAUCGAAGGUGUCCUACACAUCCUCCGCGGUUGGUCACUUACCCUUACAUCUGCUAUCGCAGAGGUGGCGACAGGUGGUGACUGGUUCCGGCGAGCAGACGGCAUUCUUGAUCAAUUCGAUCAGAGCGACCUCAUGGUCUUGAGUUUCAACGAGCGACCACGCGCAGGCCUCACCAAAGAUGACCUGCUUACGGCGUAUGCAACUGCCUUAGCUUCAAAGGAUAGAAUAGCAACUUCGGAUGGAAAGACGAUUCGUGAGGGCUGGGAACUUUCGAUUCAGGUUCUCGAAAGGCUGGAUGAUCAAAGAACGGCUGAUGACCGCAUCGAGCAGCUUUUGAACGACCUCCCUCUUCAGUCAUCGGAACGUGUCGAUAAGAUCAUUCAGCUAUGUCAUACCUUGGGUCUAUCCAAACAUGCACUUCACGUCGCUCUAACAUACGCCGACCAUCUCCGUGAGAAUACUCAGGCUUAUGGAGACACACUCUUCUACUACGCUCGAGCCCACAACUCAAAGAAAAUCCAGGACGUCCUACGGAUCCUCGUUGCACAAUGCCUUGUCAAAUCUCUAGCCUUUCCUCCAGUCGGCGAGCUCGAUGACCGCCUCAGCGCCCUUAUCACAUCACCUAAACAAACGCUGACUGAAUUCGCCCGCAGCGACCCUGAGGCUGCACAAAUUCUCUCGAACUACCUUAGCGGAUAUGCAACCAUUCGCAAAUUCUAUGAUCUGCGAGACGAAGAAAUUUUGGCUCAUACAGCAGGUAAAAAACCUGCACAUAGACCCAUGGCGAGGAAACUUGCUGCUGCAAAUGCUUUGAUGGUCAUCAUUGCAAGUGCAGCUUCAAGCAUCCGCGGAGGGCUGUAUGAUGCCGACAUUGAGACUGUGGUGCAGGUUGAUGUGCUCCUUUGUCUACUUGGGGAGGUCCUUCUAUUCAUCGACCAACCCAAGCGCACACUCUCACUCCAACAAAUAUAUUCCCUUCUCGCAGCCGUGGAAGACCUUGACACCGCACCCUCUAUGAUUCAAUCACAAUGCGAAGCAUGUUUUAGUACAGCCCUUGCCGCUGCCCACGACGGCCACGUUCCAUCGCCAAGAUCAAUGCUACAGAAAUCAACUUCCAACUUGACCACCGCUUCGAGCCAGUACUCGCUCAUCGGCAGCGCCGAGUUCGGAUCAAUGGAGGGGCAGUCGACAGAGAGUAGUACGGUGCUGGUUAAGGGCGGGAGUGUGGAUGACACGAAGAGGGCUUGGGAUUGGAGAAAGGGGUUUAGGAAAGAUGCGAGUGGCAGAGAUGUGAUUAGGAUCCUGAGGCUUGGGAUCGCGAAAGAGAUUGCGAGGGCGUUUGCUGAGGGGGAAACCUGAGCAAUUGAAGAAUAUAUACGGUUAGGGGUGAUACCAGAGGAGCAUGUUUUGAGGUGAGGACCAGAUGGACUUGAGCGCGAUUGGAAUUCUACUCACAUGGCAGUGACGGACAGAUCAUGACUAAAACAAUAAUACCAAGUUUUGACCACCCUUUCUUGCGGGAGCUGGUUUGAGUCAUGGUUUCCUGGAUCUGAGGUCGGCUGACUCGCGUAGCUCGGCUCUUCGUCAACCCUUCCGACGUCUGGCUCUGUCCAUCUAUCAUUGUAG